AUGACUGUCUCUGCAAUUUUUUUUCUCGACUCAAAGGGCAAGCCUUUGUUGUCACGCAACUACCGCGGCGACGUUCCCAUAACCUCCGCUAUUGACGCUUUCCCAAGUUUGCUGACAGAAGCUCAGCAUCAUUCUACAGCUGUUCCUCCGUGUAUCAAUCAUAAUGGCAUAAAUUACCUUUUCAUCACACACAGUGACAUUUAUGUACUGGCAUUGUCCAAACAGAAUACCAAUGCAAGUGCUGUAUUGUUUUUCUUGCAUCAACUCGUGCAAACUCUCAUUCAAUACCUCAACGCUUUGGAUGAAGAAACAAUCCGAGACAACUUUGUCAUUAUAUACGAACUGUUGGAUGAGAUGAUGGACUUUGGUCAUCCCCAAAUUUCAGACUACAAGGUGCUUCAAGAGUAUAUUACACAAGAUUCGCAUCCAGCAUCGGCAUCAGCCUCUUCAAUUGUUACGAAUUCCGUCUCAUGGCGUCCUGAGGGUAUUUUUUACAAGAAGAAUGAACUCUUUUUGGAUGUUAUCGAAUCUGUGGACUUUUUGCUUGGAGCAGAUGGAAAAAUCAUCCGCAACGAUGUUCAAGGAAAGGUUGUUAUCAAUGCAUAUCUCUCAGGCAUGCCUGUGCUGAAACUAGGACUUAAUGAUGUGGACAAGAAGAUAUUAGAGCAACAAAAGAAAGAAGAAGAGGAAGGAGUUGACCAUUCGCAAACAUCACGGCCACGCAAAAAAAUUGGCAGUAAGCAGGUGCACAUGGAGGAUAUUAAAUUUCACCAAUGUGUGCAGCUGGAUCAGUUUGAAAGUGAUCGCACUAUUAUGUUUACUCCACCAGAUGGAAAGUUUGAUUUAUUGACGUAUCGUGUAUCAAAUGUGUCCCAAAGACCCUUGUUUGCGGUUGACGCAACAGUGGAUCUUAAGUCGCACUCGCGAGCUAUUAUUAACGUGACAGUCAAAUCUCAGUUUCGUAAACGGUCGACAGCAACGCAGGUUGAGGUACAAAUUCCGGUUCCUCGCGACGCGGAUUCACCGCGGUUUAAAACAACGGCUGGUACGGUGAUUUACGCGCCAGAGCUAAACGCAGUUGUGUGGAAGAUUAAGGAUUUCCCCGGCGGUCAAGAAUACAAGAUGAAGGCACAGGUAUCUCUAUCGUCUCUGGCAGGUGAAUUUGACGACAACGACGAACAGCUCACAUCUGGUGCAUCACAAACGGAUUCUGCUAACGCUUACCGAACAGCAACAUUGACACGAAUCAAGAACCAGCCUGUGCGCGUCAAGUUUGACAUUCCAUACUUUGCGGUGUCUGGACUACAGGUGCGCUACCUCAAGGUAGAGGAAGCACGUCUGCAAUAUCAGGCACUGCCAUGGGUGCGAUACCUGACACAAAGCGGCGACGAGUUUGCAAUUCGGUUGCCCCCCAAGAAUGUGUUUUAG